CGCGAAUCGCCUUCGCCUCGCGGUGGACCAGGAGCCCGGGAGGCCGGCGGCCAAUGCGCGAGCGCGCCCGGCCUGGGCGCGGGAGAGGACGCGUGUCACCGAUGCCGCCGCCGCCGCCGCCCGGCGAGGACGCGGAAACGGUGUCCUCCUGCAGCGGCGCUGAUGAGGGAGAGGGGCAGGGGAACGAGCAGCAGCGCGCGGAGCGGGUGCUCCACAAUGGGGACCUGUAUACGGGGCAGUGGCGCGGCGGCGCGCCCCACGGCGCGGGGAAGUACCUGUGGGCGGACGGGUGCAUGUACGAGGGGGAGUGGCGGCGCGGGAAGGCCACGGGGAGGGGGAGGUUCUCGUGGCCGUCGGGCGCCACCUACGAGGGGGAGUUCCUGGACGGGUUCAUGCACGGCGCCGGCGCCUACGUGGGCGCCGCCGGGGACACCUACCGCGGCGCCUGGGCCAAGAACCUCGAGCACGGCGCCGGCGAGAAGCGCUACGCCAACGGGGACUGCUACGACGGCGAGUGGCGCGCGGGGCUCCCCGAGGGGUGCGGCCGAUACGCCUGGCGCGACGGCACCGAGUACGCCGGCGGCUGGCGCGCGGGGCUCAUCCACGGCCGCGGCGCCCUCGUCUGGGCGAACGGCAACCGCUACGACGGCGGGUGGGAGGGCGGCCGCCCCCGCGGGCAGGGCACGUUCCGGUGGGCCGACGGCAGCCUGUACGUCGGGUUCUGGGGACGCGAGGCGACCGGCGGCGCCGUCCAGCAGAAGGGUGUGUACUACCCGUCCCCGGCGGCCGCGGGCGAGUCCCGUGACCCGAGGGAGGUGUUCGCGAGGGAGCUGCCGGAGUGCGUCCGCUCCGGCAUGGAAGGGCAGUCGGCGCUCCCGUCGCUGAGGUCGCUGAAAUGGCUGGCUCGGUCGAUCAGUGGCCGCGGGAGCUCGUCGUCCGGUCGGAGCAAUGGCUCCGGCGUGGGCGUGGUGCCCCUCUGGGGCUCCGACGGGGAAGUCAAGUGCGACAUUGCCGACGACUGGAGACGCCGGAGCAGCGUGAGGGAGGGGAGGGGACCGCCGCCGCUGCCGCCGCACGUCGACAAGGGGGCGCCGCCGCGGGCGUUGAAGCGGCAGGGGGUAACCAUUGCCAAAGGGCACAAGAACUACGAGCUCAUGCUCAACCUGCAGCUCGGGAUCAGGCAUGCAGUAGGAAGGCAAGGCCAGGUUAUAUUAGACCUGAAAUCAUCAGCUUUUGACCCAAAGGAAAAAGUAUGGACAAAAUUCCCUCCAGAAGGCUCAAAAUACACCCCUCCACACAACUCUUCUGAUUUCCGAUGGAAGGAUUACUGCCCAAAGGUGUUCCGGACACUGCGCAAGCUGUUUAAGGUUGACCCAGCUGACUACAUGUUAUCCCUUUGUGGAGAUGAGGCUCUCCGUGAACUCUCGUCCCCUGGUAAAAGUGGAAGCUUCUUUUACUUGACAAAUGACGAUCGCUACAUGAUAAAGACAAUGAAGAAGUCUGAAGUAAAGAUACUUCUGAAGAUGCUUCCAGCUUACUACAAUCAUGUUCGGGCAUUCGAGGAUACCCUAGUGACAAAGUUUUUUGGCCUACAUUGUGUGAAGUUGGCUGGAGCAAACCAGAAAAAGGUUCGUUUUGUCAUAAUGGGAAAUCUUUUCUGCUCUGAUCACACCAUUCAUAGGCGAUUUGACCUGAAAGGAUCAUCUCUUGGCCGUACAACUGACAAACCACUGGCAGAGAUUGAUGAGUACACAACUCUGAAAGAUCUUGAUCUUAAUUUCAUCUUUCGGUUACAAAAACAAUGGUUCCAAGAGUUCCAAAGGCAAGUAGACAAGGACUGCGAGUUUCUUGAGCAUGAGAAGAUCAUGGAUUACAGUCUUUUAGUGGGUGUACAUUUUAGAGGUGCCGUUGAUAUUGAUGGUGACGAACCUGCAACACCACGCCUUUCAAGAUGGGACAGGGAUCACUUUCUUUCUGAUCCAAACAGGUGGUCGAAGAUUAAACUUGGGGCAAACAUGCUGUCAAGGGCUGAACUGACAAUCAGAAAGAAUGAAGGUGAUGUCAUUGGACAGCCAACUGGGCAGUACUGCGAUGUUAUAUUGUAUUUUGGGAUAAUAGACAUACUUCAAGACUACGAUAUCGGCAAAAAGAUUGAGCAUGCUUACAAGUCUUUCCAAUAUGACUCAACAUCCAUUUCAGCAGUAGACCCAAGACAGUAUUCCAAGCGAUUCAAAGAUUUCAUAUACAAAGCAUUCCAAGAAGACCGAGUAGACAGCUGAAAGUUUAUUGAGACCUGAUGGAGCCCCAGAAGUGAAGAUGCGCUUCGCAAGGCCAAAGAUCAAGCUGAUCACUGAGCAGCACGGCGUUACACAUGCUUCAUGCUUGCAUAUUCGACAUUUCGAUUCCCUGCACCAAUCUGAUCAACUGGAAUUCAGCUGCUUUUGUAGAAGUUGUCAGGAGUUGCUGGAGCACCUGCAGGCUGUCCACGCCUUCAGGAAUCGGUAUUGACUUUCCUGUAAAUAUGAGUAGCUACGUACAUACACACGGAGUUCACUAAUAUUUGCAAGAGUAGAUGUAACUUACAGGUUCAAAUUAUACAUAGAAACAUGUAAUCAGGGGGGGUGCACAAGCCAGUCAGAGGUUGUAAAAUGUAAAUGCUUUUUUGCCUGAGAAAUCCAUUCUUUCAUGAAUUGAAACCUUUGACAUAUUGGAAGGAAAUUCUUCAAUCCUUUAUUUUGCGAGACAUUUAGUGGAUGAUGUUGUGCCAAAAAUCCAAA